CAUAAAGAAUACCUAGUGCAUUACCAACAUCAAUGCUAUCGAGUCACCCGACCAUCAAUGGGUAGUACUCCGUUCAUUAUGUGCAUUGUAACAUCAGUCAUAAAAUGGAUACUACGGUCCACGCUGCAAUCUGCAGGUUGCCGCCUUACGUCUCAUUUGUCUUCCAUCAUAUUUCAACCAACUUUGCUGAUGGGUGCUUGGAGAGGAUCUCCAAGCACUAUCCCAUGUUUCUUCAUUACCUACCUACUAAUACCUAUGCAUCUACUUUUUUCAAUACAACAAAGCAUAAAUUCUAAAAAACAUUUUCGUCGUUAAAUAUCCUCAGCAAGAGUCAUAACUACGAUGUAUGUUAAUAGGGGCAGCAUAACUGCAAUUGGAAUAAUCUUUCCUAUUCUUGCUGUCCUUGCUAUGAUCAUGCGAGUUUAUGGAUUACGGUAUUACUCUCGGAAGUUUGAACUUGACGACAUUCUUGUCAUUCCAGCCGUUAUGCUCAAUAUAGCCGCCGGUGCUGCAUUGGUAAUAGGAGCUCAGAUGGAAAUAAUUGGAGGGCAUUCUUAUCCAGUAAUCAGCGAGACUGAACAGGAACGACUCGGAAAGUUCGAAUAUGCCUUUUGGAUAGGACAUAUACUAGCUAUCGGAUUCAUCAAAUUGACGAUUUUGUUUUUGUUUCGCCGAAUAUUUCGAGGCCAAACAUACAGGACAGCCUUCGAUUAUGCUAACUGGACUAUUAUAUUUUUUGUUACUCUUUGGACCCUUGUUUUCUUGUUCUUUGAGAUAUUUGCAUGCGGCGCUACCCCAGCUGCAAGCUGGCUAAGUCUACAAUCUUUGCGCCAUGCCUGCGUGGAUACUUUUGGUAUGCAAACUGGCGGUGCCGUCUUCAGUUGGAUUCUUGACCUCACAAUCCUAAUCGAGCCCCUUCUUAUGAUUCGGACUCUUAACAUGAGCACCAAGAGGAAGAUUCAAACAUCCCUUGUCUUUCUCUGCAGUAUCUUUGCCGUCACUGCGGGGCUUCUAAGAAUGAUUCCUUGGAUCCAAAUACAUAUUCAAGACAUUUCUCAUGUAAAUAUUAGGGUCCUGGGUACUACCCUACCAACAGCUGACCAAGAAGGCAUUGUCUCUAUCAUACUCUUUUGGACCUAUGUUGAGAUCGGCAUAGGAUUCUUAGUUGCAUGUCUUCCUCGAAGUGCUUGGAUAUUUGAUAAAAUAUCCCUCACGCCUAUCAUUUAUAAACUUCGUUCACUUGCAUCUACUACAUCUAUAUCACAAUGGGAGCGUGGCCCAGAUCCGAAAAGGGGGAAGGAAAGAAACUAUUCACAAGCGUCGUGGAUAUCAACACGUCAACCUAAAGAAUCGCCGAGUCGACAUACUGAUGACGAAAUUGAAUUGGUUGCGGCCAGAAGUACUUGAAUGCGCCUAUGUCACUUCUCUUUCGUAUACCUGCUCUUUUCUCUCCUCAUCUCAGGACUUUAGGUUUUCUUUGUUUGCGGAGUGAGAGUUGUCUUACACUGCUAGGUACCAGUUAGGUCCCUCCCUAGGUACCUACUACCUUAGAUAGGCAGAUACUUCUAGCUUUUUGGGUCUUUUCAAACAGCAAAAGCAAGCGCAUGGGCUAUGUAUCCACUUGAGUUAUUGAUCACUUGAAUUACAAAGUUUUUACAUUGUCA